UCUGCGUCGUCCGGAUGGAACUCCGGGUCGGCCGCCACGUCUUCCGCGAAGAAUAUCGGGGGCGGUGGUUAGGUGAACGCGUGCGACCAAUUUGAAGAGCAGCCUUCUGAGGUCCAGAUCGGAAAGCGAGGGCUGUUGGAGAUACUUCGUGGUUUGCGACCUCACUUCAGUAUGCGGCGCAACACGGUGUCGGAGGAGCUGCCUUCAGCAAGAGUGCUGGCCCAGUGCCCCAGGGCGGAGCGCUGCCGCUCGGUAAAGCUCGCUUGGCUCACCUCCACGGUGACGGCUCGGAAGCUGAGGAUGAGCGGUGAGGAGGCGGUGUGGGACGUGCUGCAGGGCCACGUGACCGCUGCGCGCAGGCCCUCUCCCCGGCUGCUCAAGGUGUUCAUCGCCUCCACCAGGACCGAUUUCGCGGAAGAACGGCGACAGCUCCUGGAAGUGGUGGGUCCAGAGCUGCAGAGCCAGUACGACAACCUGGGGCUGGAGGUGGAGCUGGUGGACAUGCACUACGGCACGGCCAGCGACCCCGCGCUGGACGCGCCGCUGUUCGAGGACCACCUUCACGAGAUCCGCCACUGCCACGCGGUCUCGCGCGGCUGCUUCUUCCUGUGCCUGGUGGGCAACAAGUACCUGCCUUACGCGCUGCCGCGGCGGCUGGACGGCGAGACGUACGAGGCGCUGUACGCCGCAGCCGCCGACCUGUCGCUGCGCGCUGACCUGCUCCACACCUGCUUCUGCCGCGACGACGCCGCGCCGGCCGCCACCUACGUGCUGCAGCAGCCCAGCGACGUGACGACGGCCGAGUGGGCGUCGACGGCGGCGUCGCUGGCGCAGGUGGUGCAGGCGGCCGCCAGGCACCUGCUGUCUGCUGAGGGCGCGGGCCAGCCCGCCGCCGCCAGGUACCGCCAGCUGGCGCUGUCCGCCGUCGAGAGGCAGUUCAGCCACGCGCUCGGUCUGGCGCCCGGCACCGCGCACCGCAUCCUGGCGGUGGUUCGAGACUGGGAGAAGCUGCCGCCCCCGGAGGAGUGGGAGGCGGAGGGGGCGGGGGCGGGGCCGCUGGACUUCCAGGACCCGCCGGGCCCGCAGCGCGAGCAGCUCAAGAACUUCCGCGACCGCCUGGCCGCCUCGCUGCCCAACGAGAACCGCGUCUACCUGGCCGUGCCCUGGAGCUCCAGCAGUGCCGGCCUGGAUCCGGACAGCGAGGAACACGAGGCGUACCUGACCAAGUUCCGCGAGCUGGCCACCGCCAAGCUGAAGGCGCUCAUCGCCAGGAGCCUAGAGGAGGAGCCGGAGGUGAAGGCCCGCAACAAGGCGGUCCAGGAGGUGUUCCAGGAGGCGCAGAGCCACCUGGAGCUCAUCUCUUCGCCAGACAUGGAGCCGUCCCUCCAGGACCCAGGGGGCGGCUGGUCCGAGUGUCUGGACAAGGUGAAGGCCAUGAUGGUGGCCGCGGCGCAGGGCACAGGGCGGCACCCGCCGGUGGUGGUGCGCGGCGGCCCGGGCAGCGGCAAGACGCUGCUGCUGGCGGCGGUGCACCGGCAGUGCGCCGACUGGCUAGGGGACGGCGUGGUGCGCGUGUUCCGCGCCUGCGGCGCCACGCCGCGCUCCGCCUACAACCUGGAGCUGUUGCGCAUCCUCUGCCAGCACCUGCGCCUGCUGCUUGACCCGGCCGACGCCGACGCCGGCGCCGCGCCGCCCAUACCCAAGGACGCCUCCUUCGACCCACUCUACGUCAACAACUGGUUCCAGACGCUGCUGCGGCGCUUCGAGGAGGGCGCAGCUGCGCCGCCGGCCGCGGCUGCGUCGCCCCCGCCGGUGCUGGUGGUGCUGUUGGACGACCUGCAGCGCCUCAACCCGCUCGACUCGGACAUCGUGGCGGCGCUGUCGUGGCUGCCCGUCAGCCUGCCGCGCCGCGUCCACGUGGUCGCCACCAGCGCGCUGCCGCCCGACCAGCUCAAGAUCACCCCGCUGCAGCGAGAGCGCUUCCGCGCCUCCGACUGCUGCGUCGAGCUCGCCGGCGCCGUCGAGCCUGCAGAGCUAGAGCGCCGCGUGGAGUCUUCACUGGAGCAGCUGGAGGAGCAAGUGGGCAGGCUGGCCGUGUCGCGCCUGGCGGCCUUCCUCACCGCCACGGAGUUCGGCCUCUGCGAGACGGAGCUGCUGGAGCUGCUGAUGCCCACCACGGGCGGGGCGCUCAGCCUCGCCGCUGGCCACUUCAGCUUCAGCUCCAUGUGUGCCGUGCGCCGGCGCAUGGGCGACCUGUUGCAGGAGAAGCUGAUGAGCGGCCGGCUGCUGGUGUGCUGGCGCCACGAGCUGGCGCGGGAAGUGGCGCGCCGGCGGUACCUGCACUCGCAGGACGUGCUGCGCGCCACGCACGCCGAGGUGGGCAACCUCUUCUUCAGCGAGUUCUCCGGGCAGCAGGCCAGCGAGGGCGACGGCGACGCCGAGGAGUCAGCUCCAUCGCCAACAGAAAACAAGGAGACGCCGUUUCAAACGAGUUUCCUACCAGAUGACGUCACGUACAGCCUCAGACAUGUUGAAGAGUCUUGGAUUCACCUCCUGAAGGCUGGGGACAGCUGCCGGCUGAAGCAGCUGACGGUGUGCAACUUCGACUUCCUGCUGGCGGCGGUGCAGACGGUGUCGGUGAGCUACCUGCGCUGCGUGCUGGAGCACGUGCGCUGCUACUUGCUGGACCGAGACCUCGAGCUCGUCUACUACACCAUCCGCAAGUCCAGCGACGUGCUCACCAGGGACCCGCUGCAGCUGGGCGCCCAGGUCGUAUGCUGGCUGCGGCCCGUCGCAGAUGACAGUGGAGAUCUGGUGAGUCAUAUGAUAACUGCCGCCAUGGCCUGGUGUGAUGGCUACACGGCACCAUUACUGGUUCCACUAAAUGGUUGGCUUCAACCUCCAUUACCCUUGCAGAUUAAAAGCCUGCAUUGCCCGGCUGGUGUAAAGCUGCUAGAGCCAACACCAUCUGGCCAGCACUUGGUAGUUGUCCCACACAACGGGGACCCACAGCUGUGGCAUGUCAUGUCAAACACACUCACCCACACUUUCAAAGGACACAGUGGUCCAGUAUUAUGCCUAGCAAUUACUAAACAGUCACAGUAUCUGCUAACUGGCUCAGAUGACAUCUCAAUCAUUGUCUGGGACUUGAAGUCUCUCCAACUGAAACUGAGAAUAUAUGAGCACAUUGCACCAGUGCUGUGCCUGACCCCUGCACUCAGCAAUGCAGUCAUUGUUAGUGGUGGAGAAGACUCAAGAAUUAUCAUAACUUCACUACUCACUGGCGAUGUUGUCAUGAAGAUAGACCAUCACCGUGGCCCAGUAACUGCUGUCAAAGUCACCGCUGCGGGGGAUGUCCUCGUGUCUGGUUCCUCAGACUCAACUGUUUGUCUGUGGUCAUUAGAGAACUUCAAUUUGCUCAACUCCAUAAGCUUAGCAUCACCUGUCACAUUCCUGGAUGUGUCACUGGAUUCUGUAUUCCUUGUUGCUGCAUGUGAAGACAACCAACUGUACCUCCGUUCUCUUGCUACUGGAACGGAGAUACACUGCCUUCGAGGACAUAAGGCAGAGAUUCGGUCUGUUUGCUUGGCUCAAGAUAAUUGCCGAGCUGUAGUAGGUGGCUCUGAUGGCAAGAUAUAUAUUUUUGAUAUGCAUAGUGGUCGCCUGAGUCGCACACUAACAAGCCAUACAACAGAAGUUUCAGGAGUGAAAGUCACGGAGAAGGAUGAUUUCCUGAUAUCUUCUGGUGGUAACAGAAUAACAUUCUGGAGCUUCCGAAGGGAUGAUGCUACGGGCCAUACUACCAGCAUACGUAAAACUUCUCAGCACUCCCAGCAGAUGCACUCUGCAGCAAUUACUUGCUUGGAUAUAUCCCGUGAUGGCACCAUGGCUGUGACAGGUGGUGUGGACAGUUUAGUGAACAUCUGGCAGCUCAAUACUCAUGAACUCCAUUCAACCUUAGAAGGACACUUUGCUUCUGUUACUUGUGUUGCAUUUUCUCCAAAUGGACUGUUUGCUGUGUCUGGAUCAGAAGAUAAGACUGCUAGAGUGUGGGGGCUUACUUUAGGCUUAGUCGUCUCUGUGUUUAAGGGCCACCAAGCAACAAUAACAGCAGUGACAGCCAUGAUGGACAGCCGGCGUGUAGUGACUGCUGACAGACAGGGGAUUCUCGCAGUGUGGCUCGCAGACAAUGCAACUCUGCUUCACUCCUGUGGAGGCCCGAGCCAGUGUUUGGCGAUAACUAACUCCAUGAAGUAUGUUGUAUGUGGAAAUGGAGAUACAAGUUUACGAAUAUGGGCUGUAAACAGAGAAGAUGAGCGUUACACAGUGUCUCACAGUGAAGAGAUUACCUGUUUUGUCCUAACGAUGGAUUCUCAGUACGUGAUAACAGGCUCCAGAGACAUGUCACUGAAAGUGUGGCAGGUUGCAGGAGGCAAACUAGCACAGGUUCUUGUAGGUCAUAGUGACCACGUAACAUGUGUUGCUGUAUCCAUUUUAAACAAAUCCCUUGUUGUCUCUGGAUCUCGUGACUCAAAUCUCAUUGUCUGGGAUAUUAACACAGGCAAUGACAUUCAUAUCCUCAGUGGACAUUUGGGUUGUGUAACUACGGUGAAAGUAUCAGGAGACGGCAGCCUGGCAGUGUCUGGUUCUGAGGAUAAGAGCAUCAUUGUGUGGGACACGAGGCGUGGACGCCCCCUCUCCUGCCUGCAGCUUCAGGUGCCGAUUCUAUCUUUGGAGAUGUCUACAGACUGCUCGAGAAUUGCAGUUCACCUCCUGGAAAGCCGGCAGCUUCCCAUCAUUUGCCUGCAUAACACCCCAGCUACUUAUGUCAAGAUGCCAAGUUAUGUUGCUCCUGCGAAAGAGGUUGAAGACUUGCGACCCACUGGGCCCAAGAGACCAAUGAGAAGACUAUUGAAAAAGGAGGUCUCUCUAGACACAUAUACCUGGCAGAAGAAAUAUGGACACUUGACUUCUUCCAUAAUGAUGGCAGCUGUUGAUGAAAGACUGAAGAGGAGGUUCUCUGUGUCUGCCAGUAUGGAGGAAAUUUCCAAAAUACCAACCAAAGGUUCUACAAUGGGUUCACAACAGUGUGUGGGACCUGAGCAGGCAGCACUUGCCCAGUCUCAGCAUUUUGAUCAGUUGGAAGCAUUGUGGAAUAAAAGGUCCCCACCAAGAAGACGUCACAAUCAGUCCUUGUCCAAGCAGAACUCUCGCUCAAGUCGGAGAGACUCUUCAGACAACGAUGAACGAACCCCUGGUGAGGAGAUUGUAGAUUUUCCUGGUGACAGGGUAUGUGUGUGACCAACUUAGGUGAUCAGCAGAUGAUACUACUCACACUGCAAUAAUAUGAAUUAAAAAAUAUGUGAUGGCUGACUGUUGAUUUUCUGCAAUGUGUCUUGUCAUUUCCUUUACACAUGAAGUAUCAGCAUAGUAUUCUGUCACUUCAUGGAACAGUAACACUAAAGACAAUCAUUCAAUGCUUCAGUUCUAAGAAACUGUGACUCUCAGAUACCUGAUUACAUAAUACUCUUAAAGUGAAAAAUUUAUUGCAAAGACUGUUUGUACUCAUCUCAAAAUAUUUUUCUGUGGGACACUCGUAAGUACGCUUUAUUUUUUCCUCUUGCUGACAGCUUUCAACGAGACAUCUAAUGUCAUAUGUUUCAUCAACACAUUGUUGUUGUCAAGAAUCAUACUAUACACAUGUUUCGAAAACAUGUAACGAAACCUCACUGUUUCAUUAUCACUUCUUCUAUGCUUCAUCUUCAUAAACAUGUGCAUUUCAUCAUCAACAUGACAUUCCAGUAGAUUAUACCUUCACUUUCAUUCAUUCAGCAUUUUCUCACUUUUCCACACGUAGCUGACAGAUGUUUUAUUUGGAAGAAAAAGAGAGAAAAAAGAGAGAGAGAGAAAGAAAAAGAAAAAAAGAUCAAUGUCUACGUAAUUGAUGUAAUAUACUAAUAGAGACUUUUCUAAUCUUGUGCAUAUGUAAAUGAUGAACUGUUAAGAAUAUAUAAUGUCCUCUCUGGCAAUAAUGCAAUGUGGGAGACUAUUGUUAAGACUUUUGUUAUGUAUAUAAAAUUCUAGAAUUUUAUCUCUGUCCCAAACACUCCUUACUUUCCUAAGUCAUGCAGCUCUGUUUCUCAAACCCUAGUUCUUGGGAGAGAAAAUAAUGCACUUUGUGUAAGAAACUAUCUGUUUUGGCCUGAAAAUGAACAAACUAGAAAGCAAUUAGCGAUGAAAGUAGUGUAAUGAAACUGUAGAGUGUAUAUUACAAUCAAAUUAAUAUAAUGACUACAGCAGCAAAAGAAAAAAAGAAAAUACAUUUACACACACAUUAUUAAUAUUUAUGUUUAUUUAGAGUUAGUAUAUUCAUUAAGAUAUUUUUGCCAUAAGGCAUGUCAUCUGCAGACAAAUUAGUGUUUUAUGUGUAUUUCUUGGCCUGGUUACUUUGUUGGGUGUGACUUUGUUCAAUAUUUAUGGCCUAAAUAUUACAAUGAAAGAAGUAGUAAAUUUAACUCGAUUUUUGAAAGCUGGAUUUGCUGUUUUGUAUAUGUUCAUUGAUUCAUUGUGCUCUAAUGAAAAUUUGACUGAUACCAAAUAAACUAAACUGUUUCUGUCUCA